UCACACAAGAGACCUCAACAGUCAGCACGAAGGCCACAAGACUAGAGAGUCUUUGGCGCUUGCAGCCUGAUCAACAGCAGCCAUCUCCACGAUUCUGUGUAGUUGCCAACAGCAGCACAAUUGGGUGCCAUGAGCUGAAGGGCUCUUCUGGAGCAUUUUAACUUUUGCGUCUUCAGACGAGUGUGGCAUGUCACGCAAUGCCAGCAAGAGCUCUACAAAGCCUGCUGCAAAGCCCUUUGUUGCGAAGACGCCGAUGUUCCCGCCAUGCCCCCAUCUUCAAUAUGGGAGGUAUUUGGACAAAUUGGGCAGCCAGAAGCGUGCGCCUAGGUAUACUUUCUCCAGAAGCGAGUCUGAGUCGGGCUUAGCCCUCAAGACUGCUGCACAGAACGUCCAACCAGGGCAGUACAAGGCUGAUCGAGACUUUGUAAGUGAUACAACGAGAGAGGUCAGCAAGGAUGUUGACGCGCGCUUCAAGAAAUCACCACAGUGGACCUUCGGAGAUGAUGCGCGGAUGGACGACGCUGGAGUUUUGAAAGGUGUCCGAAAUCCUGGCAACAUCAAGAUGUGGAUCAACCCGCUGGGCCCUGGGCAGUACCCUUUAGUGGAUGGAAUGGAACAAUCCUCCAGAGUACGUUUGGCAUCUUCACCUGCAUGGACUCAGAGAAAAGGACAACCAGCUGAAACGAUACGAGCCACAAAGGCAUCCGGCUGUGCGCCUGGGCCAGGCUACUAUGCUCCUGAAACGAAGGCUGAGAAGCCUGGUCGGCACAGAAUCUGCCGAAAUGCUGGGCAAUUCAGUUUGAUUUUCAGCCGCAUUGCCACUGGAAGCACUCCUUCAAGCAUUACGCGAAGCAGAUCAGAGACUGCAAGUCAAUGCAGUUCCAGAGCAGACAGGCAAGAUGAACGAUUGGCUGAAGUAAGCUGAGCAAGCAUCAGGAGAUAUCAGCCGCAUAAGCAAUGUUUCGCUUAUUGCCUUGCAGCAGGGUGCCUCCAAAGCGGAUAGUCAC